CCACCACGGGUUUUCCCUUUUGGUUUUGAAGUUUGAACUGCGCGGCUCCUGACUGGAACCGGCUGUGAUUCGGAAAACAGCCCCCAGCCACAAGCACUGCUGCAGAGGAAGACCCUGUGCUGCAGCCCCCACCCCAUGAGGCCAGGCCUGAGGACUGCUGGGCCACCCUAGUGCAGGGGCCGAGGGGCGGGCGCAGGUCCCCGGUGCCCUUGGCCACCUUGUUUGCAUGCAGGUGACUUGAUCAGUGAUUUUUGUGAGCGGGCUCUGAGGAGCACCAUGCCCCUCUGGGGAGUGGCUCCCCUCUCCCAUCGCGUGCCCCCACUUGCUCAGAGCGCUUCUGAGGCAGAUCCUGGUGUCCAGUGUCACUGGUGGGAAGUGAAGGUUCAGGCAGGUGCAGAAAACCAAGAGGACAGGACAGGAGGCAGCCCUUCUGCUGCUGGCCUGGCCUCUAGGCCUGUGUCCAGAUGGCCUGGGUGAGGCUGCUGUUGGUGCAUCUGUGUCCAGUGACCCCAGUCCUCCUGCUUCUCAAGGUGCUGUGGCCUCACUCCUGGGCUUGGUAACAUUGCUGGCCUCGGGCUGGUGGGGUGCCAGGGCUGUGAGAGCGCCUGGCUGAAGUGCAGGUGUCCAGCCCAGUCAGCACUGACCGCGCUGGUGUAGGAGCCCAGGUGGAGGGCCCCGUGCCUGAAAGGCAGGUUCUCUGGGAGCCGCUCUGGCUUUGCACCCAGGUGUUUGGGAGGACGGUGCUCCUUGGAGGCCAGCUGUGCUCCUCCCAGAUGCCCUGGAGGGGUCAUUGCAUUGGAGGAAGACACCUGAGAUCAGAGGGGCUGAGAGCUGGCCUGGAGGGGCCGGCACCCUGUGUCUAGAGGAGGGUGAAGUGGCAGCUGUCUUCAGAAUCAAGGUGACCCAGCAGAGCCUCACCCCGUGUAAGCACAGCCUUCCACAUGGACUUCCCUCGGUCCCAGUCCUCUGGGACCUAUCCCUGGCUGCCUCUUGCCUGUCCUCCUUACAGGAGCCCCUCCAGCCCUGUGGAGCCAGAUGUCCCACCGUGGUUCCCAUUGGUGUCCAGGGGCUGUCAGUGGCAGAGGUGCUGCCCACCAACCUUCAGGGCCCUUGGCUGGGGCUGGGCGUGGUGUCCCAGGAAGCAGAGUGCUUCCACCACAGUGAGGCCAGUGUGGGCCUCUGGUCUCCCUGACGGUGGGCGACGUGACUGGGAGGGUUCCAGUGACUGCGUCUGACUUAGGGUUGAGUGGCUUAGAACACAUCUGUAAAGCAGGGUUCAGCAUGGCUGUCCUGUUCCCUGAACCAGGGGUCGAGGGAGAAUCCCAAGACGCCGAAUGUUGUCUUCAUGUCUAAACGCUGCUGUUGAAAGUCCCCCACCACAGUUGGGGUGCUGCUCUGAGAGCCACAAGUCACUGCCAGGUGGAGGGGCAGAGGCCAGGGCAGGAAGAAGCUGAGGAGCAAGGGACUUAGUGCCAGGGAGGGUGGCCAGCAGCACGGGGACGGUUUCAGUGAAUGGUGGCAAAGUCCAGGAUCACGGCGUCCCUUGGCUUCCAUAUCAGCUGUCUUCCAUCUGAAGCCACAUGGACAGGCGCUGGCCUCUCAGUGGGUCUGGAAAGAGGCGCAAGUGCCUGUGGGAGGGUCCCAGGGCACCUCUUGAAGUGGGCAGUCCCACCCUGCCUCCCAGGGGCUCGGUGCGGAGAGGCAGAAGGUGCUUCCAACCUGAAGAGACUGGCGCCUGCCGGCCAGGUGAACUUGCUUCCUUAAAGCCCUGCUCUGCCGUCAGCUCCCCACGCUGCCUUUGGGGUAGGCUGGAGAGAGCCCCUGUGCCUGCCCUGAGCUGGAGGAGCCCCAGCCGUCCCAUGGUGGCAGGGCUGCAUGGCCUCCCUGGCGUUUCUGAGGGCCACUGUCCUUAAGAGCCACCUUGUGUGUCGGGUCUCCCUGCUUCUAGGCUGUCGCCUGGCUGUGUCACUGCUCAGAACCUGGUGUGGUUUAGAAAAACCCUCCACCGCAGAGAUGAAGUGGAAGGCCCAGGUGCUGGUGUCCGGGGGACUGCCUUCUGGCUGGAAGUCCAGGGCCUCUGGGCGGGUCUUCAGAGAUGUCCCCAGCUGUGCUGUGGCAAGGCUGUGUUGACGCUGUGCCCCCCUCCAGCGCAGGCCGUGACCCCUGGAGGAUGCUCGUCAGUGCCCUGCUACGCUGCGAGAGGCUGCCCUUCCCACGCCUGGCCUGGGCCUGGGCCUCCUCCUGGCCGACUCCCGGGAGACCCAGAGGAAGAGGCCUGCUGCACACGCCCCCCACAGCCCCCCCGGACAGGACUGCCCCUGUGUUUACCCGUGCCCUGGCCUUUGGGGACAGGCUUGCCCUGGUGGAUCAGCAUGGCCGCCACACCUACAGGGACCUUUAUUACCGCAGCCUCCGCCUGUCUCGGGAGAUCUGCAGGCUCUGUAACUGUGUGGAUGGGGACCUCCGGGAGGAGAGGGUGUCCUUCCUGUGCGCCAAUGAUGUCUCCUAUGUCAUUGCCCAGUGGGCCUCGUGGAUGAGUGGCGGCAUCGCGGUCCCCCUGUUCCGGAAGCACCCGGAGGCCCAGCUGGAGUACUUCAUCCGGGACUCGCGGAGCUCUGUGGUUGUGGCCGGCCAGGAGUACAUGGAGCUGCUGCGCCCAGUGGUCAGACGGCUGGGGGUCCCGCUCCUGCCUCUGUCGCCUGCCAUCUACCUUGAGGCAGCAGAGGAGCCGGCAGAGGGGCAAGAGCAGGGGCAGGAGUGGGAGUGGGAGUGGCGGGACCGGGGCGCCAUGAUCUUCUACACCAGUGGGACCACAGGGAGGCCCAAGGGUGCUCUGAGCACCCACCGCAACAUAGCAGCCGUGGUUACUGGGCUGGUCCACGCUUGGGCAUGGACCAGAGACGACGUGAUCCUCCACGUCCUCCCUCUGCACCAUGUCCAUGGCGUGGUCAACAAGCUGCUCUGUCCACUCUGGGUGGGAGCCACCUGCGUCAUGCUGCCUGAAUUCAGUGCUCAGCAGGUCUGGGAGAAGUUCUUGAGCACUGAGACUCCCCGGAUUAACAUGUUUAUGGCGGUGCCCACGAUAUACGCCAAGCUGCUGGAUUACUAUGACCAGCACUUCACCCAGCCUCACGUCCGGGACUUUGUGCGUGCCGUGUGUGAAGAAAACAUCAGGCUGAUGGUGUCAGGCUCGGCUGCCCUGCCCACCCCUGUGCUGGAGCAGUGGAAGCACGCCACUGGCCACACACUGCUGGAGCGCUACGGCAUGACUGAGAUCGGCAUGGCCCUGUCCAACCCGCUGGCCGGAACUCGCCUGCCAGGUUCUGUGGGGACCCCGCUGCCGGGAGUGGAAGUGCGCAUCGUCUCGGAGGGCCUGCAGAAGGAGGGCUGCCCCCACGCCGUCCACGCGGAGGGAGACGAGAGCAGGACAAAGGUGUCCCCGGGGUUUGAAGAGAAGGAAGGGGAGCUGCUGGUCAGGGGACCCUCUGUGUUCCGAGAAUACUGGGACAGACCAGAAGAGACAAGAAGUGCGUUCACCGCGGACGGCUGGUUUAAGACAGGGGACACUGCUGUGUUCAAGGAUGGCAAGUACUGGAUCCGAGGCCGGACCUCAGUGGACAUCAUCAAGACCGGAGGCUACAAAGUCAGCGCCCUGGAGGUGGAGCGGCACCUGCUGGCCCACCCCAGCAUCGCAGAUGUGGCCGUGAUUGGGAUUCCAGAUGUGACAUGGGGCCAGCGGGUCACAGCUGUGGUGACUCUUCGAGAAGGACACUCAUUGUCCCUCAGGGACCUCAAGGAGUGGGCGAGAGGCGUGCUGGCCCCCUACGCCAUCCCCUCGGAGCUCCUGCUGGUGGAGGAGAUCCCACGGAACCAGAUGGGCAAGGUCAACAAGAAGGACCUGGUCGGGCAGUUCUACCCGUCGUGAGCAGAGGAGGCAGCGGUGGGAGCUGGAGGACAAGAGGUGGCCCACGCCCACGGCCAUCCCAGGCUCCCCAGUCCUCUGUGUCCUUGUCCAAGGUGCAGCCUCGCAGUCCUAGCCCGCCCCCCCCCCCACCGCCGGGCUGCUGGCCCUCUCCAGGGCAGGUCCCAGGAGGGUCCCGAGGUGCCCUAGGAGAAGAGGUGACGUGAGAUGAACACCCGCCUGAGCUGUGUCACCACCUGCACCCAGCGCCUCCCCAGAGCCCCCAGCCGCCCAGUGCCUCCGGGUGGAGCCUGCGUGCCCUGGGCCCCGGGCAGCCGCGCGCAGCUCUGGGACAGCACUCCGACCCUGCAACUCCUGCCACCGUGGGGCCUGCUGUGUGCCAGGAGGAAAAUGCAUUCCUGAGGCCACAAGCGGCCAUUCCGAUGACGCUGCUCCUGCUUGGCCAGCUCAGCCUCCCUGGCCCCCGCUGUCUCCUCCAUCACUUCUCCUUCCCAGCCCACCUCUCCGCGUGCCCGUCCCCAUGGGCAGCUCUGAGCCCUGGGGCUCCUGGCGCAGGCCCUGCUCGCACCCACCACACUGGCUCCCGCUCCCCGUGGCCUCCCGCUCCCCGUGGCCUGGACCCCAUGCUCUGCUGCCCCUCGGGAGCCGCCUGCCCUCCCAGGGGAAUGUCCCCCGGAGGCCUGUGUGGACCUUCUUAGCAGCUGAGGAAAUGCCUCUGCUGGGGAGGCGGCUUAAGGGUGUGGGGUCCUCCCCCAUCACCGAAUUCACUGUCCAAUGAGGAGGCUCAGGUCCCUGGGAGUGCCCCUGCAGUCCCUGCUGCGUCCACAGUAUGUGUCACACAGCCCCUCAGCCACGAGGCUCUCCCCUGCCCUGGCCUCGCUCGGGCCCCUGCACAGGCCCCAAGGGAGCACGUGGUCACCCCGCGCUGAGACGCAGACCCUCCUGCUAGGAUAGCGCGACUGAGCGCCACGCAGCGGCACAGCACCCACUGGCUAGAGGUGCUCACCCCCGCCACACCUGCUCUCCCAACCUGGGGCUGCUGGCAGAGGGUCAGUGCCCCUGCCCACCCUGGCCGUCGGCGGGCAGCCUACUGCCAUGGAGUAGCACCAGGAGCAGGCUGGAGUUUACAUGGUCACAGGAAGCGGCUCGGGCUGGGCUGGGCUCGGUGGCAGAGCACUUGCCUGUCAUGUGAGAGGCACUGGGUUCCAUCCUCAGCACCAUGUGAAAAAUAAAUAGGAAAAUAAGGGUA